AUGUAUCACCAAAGUAAAUAAUUAAUUGUUGCAAUAUUCUUCGUGCUGCAAAUCGAGUAAUAUUCUCAUUUCUCAUAGGAAUUACAAAUUUACUUCUAAUAAUAAUAUAAGCAUAGAUUACGUAUAAGAUAGAUCUCACAUCUACUAUUCAUUUUUGUGUCAUGUAUCUUUUCAUCACGUAUUAAAUAAUAUUGAAUUUGUCUCAAUGUGAACAAUGUAUAAAAUGUCUAUUCAUACGAAUUCUUAUAUCUCAUCUAUGUUAUUAAAACAUACUAUUAUUGACUAAGACAAUACGUUUCGUAUUAAAUUUAUUCUAUAUUUAUGAAUCAAUGAAUAAUUUUUGUAUAUUUUUAAUUAGAUUUAUUUAGAUUUUUAAAACAUUUUAAUAAUUGGCUAUACAAAAAUUUUGGAAAAACUACUAUUUUACUAAAGAUUAGUAAAAUAAAUUUCAAUAAAUAUUUUCGAAUGAAACAAUUUUCGCUAUGAGUUCAAUUAAAAAUUUAAGUUCCUUAUAUUUCGAAAUAUAAUAUUUCAAAAGUCGCAAAAGAUCUGAAAUCAUUAAGUCAUAGAAACGCGUCGGAUGUUAGUUCUAUAUAAUAUCUCGUCUAUGUACUAGAUCUUUUCAUAAAAAUAGAUGUACUAUUUUAUUUUUUUAACAUUUAAUUUUAUAAAAAAUAUAAAAACUUAUUUUAUUUCUAUUUUAGCUUUGUUGUAGAUAUUUAUAUUAAAAAAUAUUUAAGUGUCAGUAUAUUCAAAACGCACAGGCUUAGAAAGAAAAAGAUUGCUUGCAGAACACGUCUAUAAUUUAGUAGGUCGCAGUUUGUAAGUUUACGAAUAGCUUCCAGGAGGUUCUGGGUAGUACAUUGUUGAUAUUACUUCGGACUUCAGAGUAAAGUACGUAGCUUGAAGUUGAUUGAAAUACCGUAUUCUUUCAUAUUUCGAAAGUAUGUAAACAAUCUUUUUUUUAAUGAUUCUUGCCUAUUUUUGCAAUUAAAUCAAGUGUGACUAUUACUUAAAAAAAAAAUUAUCGAAUAUUAUAUAAUACGUUUCGUAUCUACGUUACGUUUGUUCUUAAAAUAUAGUUUUUUUAUCUGUUUUAUUAUAUUAAUAUGUAUUUUCCUUUAAAUGAUAUCGUUUAAUAUAUAAAUUUUAACAAUCAAUACUAUAUACAUCAAAAUUACUUUUAAUAUGUUAUAAAAAUGCUAUUAUCAACGUUAAUGAUAUAUUGUACGAAAAAUAUAUCAGAACGUUUAUCAUAUAGAAAUAUUUCUUUAUAAAAAAAAUGACUAUUUACAGUUAUAUUUAAAUAUCGUCUAAUAAUAAUAAUAUUUUAUACUAUUAUAUGAAAUUAAUAUAUCAGAUGUCGGAAAAAAGAUUACCAAAACCUCAACUUCGUGGUCUUCACGUUACAAGAAUUAAGAAAAGUUUUGGAGUUGCGGCAAUAAUUUGCGUUGCCACUGGUUUGGCAUGGAAAGUAUUAAUUAUGGAUGUAUAUAAUCGAAAAGUCGAAGAUUUUUACAAAAAUUAUGAUGCAAUGAAAUCGUUAGAUAGAAUGAACAAAGCUGGACUCAUGGAAUCUUAUAAUUCAUAAUUCCACAAAUCUGCAUGAGACAGAUUAAUUAGAUAUUAGUGGUAAUAAAAUUUUAUUUAAAAAGUUAUAUAUUUAUUUAAUAAAUAAAUAUUGCAAUUAUACCUUGACAUUGAAACUCCUAUGAUUUAAAUAAAUCUAAUAUCUUUUACAUGUAAAAAUGAUUUAAACUAUUAUUGUGUAUAUAAUUAUUAAUAUGUUUUUUAAUUUUUAUCUUAUUACAACAAUUUGAGAUAUUCAAAAUAUUCAAUAUUAAAGUUAAUUAUUUAUUAUUUCAAAACUAUUAUUUUAAAUGUAUUUGUUCAUAAGAGCAGGAAUUCAUUGUAAUACACUUGAAUUUGUAAUAAAUACUUAUUGCGU